AUGCCGAGUCCAGAAAAUCUUGCGAGUGCCAUCAAGGACGCCGUCGUCAAGAUCGAAUCAAUAUCCGCCGAAAAUGACCUUCCAGUGCCUUCAUUCGACGAAGAUGCCGUUUACCACGUCUCGGAAAAGGUGUCACAAGAGGUCGACAUCGUUCUCGAUGCUACUGCCGAGCUUCACGAUCUCUUCUCUGGCCCACGCGAUCUGGUCCACAGACAUUGCGGUCUUGCUGCGAAAGUCCAAGGUCUCACAUCCUUCAAGGAAAUGGCCGAGAACACUCCCCUGACGGAAAGCAUGGCGACACGUCUGAUUCGCCAUGCGAUUACUAUGCGUAUAUUCUGCGAGCCACAGGUGGGCUUUGUAGCGCACACUGCCGCAUCCAAACUACUCGCAAACCCAGCGAUGAACGAUUAUCUUCUAUCUGUCACGAGGGAGAGGUGGCCAGCUGCAACAAAGGCAUACUCGCUUGCCAAGAAUACCAACGAGACACUCUACGAGAUAUAUAACAAAGACACCAAGCAGGCUGCUUGGCUCGCACGAGGCAUGACAGCAUUCUCCAAGCUUCCACAGUUCAACAUCAGCCACACUCUGGAUCACUAUCCGUGGAUGUCGCUAGAAGACGGACUCGUCGUGGACGUUGGAGGCUCCCACGGCCACGUUGGAUUCCAACUAGCCCAACGAUUUCCCCAGCUCCGUGUGAUCGUACAGGAUCUGGAGAGCGUUGUCGCGAGUGCAUCAGUGCCACCAGAACUGAGCGAACGGGUCAGUUUUAUGCCACAUGACUUCUUCACGCCCCAGCCCGUGGCGGGCGCCGAUGUCUAUUUCUUGCGAUUGAUCUUGCACAACUGGUCGGACACGUACUGUCUGCGGAUUCUCUCAUCUCUGUUGCCAGCGCUCAAAGAUGGAUGCAAAGUGAUUGUGGAAGACAACUUGAUGCCAGACUACGGAAGCAAGCCCCUCUGGAAGGAGAGAAAAGCAAGGACGGCUGAUAUCACUGCUGCCAUCUUGUUCAACGCUGCGGAAAGGACUGCAGCCGAAUUCGAGUUGCUCUUCUCCAAGACAGACCCAGGUUUUGCACUUCAGCAGGUCAUCAAGCCUCCGGGGUCUCAGCUCUCACUGCUUGAAUUCACAUGGCGAAAAUCGGAAAACUAG